CCGGAUGUACUCAUUCGAAUGACCUAUAUGCUUUUCUCUUCGCCUUCCUGGUUUCGCACUUUGCACGGAUACAUCAUGAAAAUUCCUACUCUAGCAAUUUUAUUGAGCAUCUUUUUCUCAACGGACGGCAUCAAUGUCGCGAACUCGGCGGAGCAGUUCUUCAACAGCGGUCACACCAACAACUGGGCGAUUCUGGCGUGCACGUCCAGAUUCUGGUUCAACUAUCGUCAUGUGGCCAACACCCUGUCCGUGUACAGGAGCGUGAAACGUCUUGGUAUCCCUGAUAGUCAGAUCGUGCUGAUGCUGGCCGACGACAUGGCUUGCAACCACAGGAACCCGAAGCCAGCCACCGUGUUCAGCCACAAGAACAUGGAACUGAACGUCUAUGGUGAUGAUGUGGAGGUGGACUACCGAGGUUAUGAAGUGAGCGUAGAGAAUUUUUUGCGAGUUCUGACCGGGAGGCUUCCUCCAAGCACGCCCCGCUCCAAGCGUCUCCUGUCUGAUGAUCGAAGCAACAUCCUCAUUUACCUGACAGGACAUGGUGGAAAUGGCUUCUUAAAGUUCCAGGACUUUGAGGAGAUCAGCAAUAUUGAGUUGGCGGACGCAUUUGAGCAGAUGUGGCAAAAAAGAAGGUACAACGAGCUGCUUUUCAUCAUCGACACCUGUCAGGGAGCCUCCAUGUACGAGAGGUUGUACUCGCCAAACAUCAUGGCUCUGGCCAGCAGUCAAAUCGGAGAAGACUCCUUGUCGCACCAACCAGAUUUGGCCAUCGGAGUCCAUCUGAUGGAUCGUUACACUUUCUACAUGCUGGAGUUCCUUGAAGACAUCCACCCUGCCAGCAAAACCAAUAUGAAUGAUCUGUUCAAAGUUUGUCCCAAGAGCCAGUGCGUGUCCACUCCGGGCCGCCGCACCGACCUGUUCCAGCGCGACCCGGGAAGCGUCCUCAUCACCGAUUUCUUUGGUAGCGUCCGCAAGGUGGAGAUCACCGUGGAAACCAUCAACUUGACCGAGCCCAUAACCCCGAUGGAAGACAAUUCCGAAAGCGGGGAGCUGCAAAAUGAGUCGCGCUCGUACGUGGAUCAGCUGCCAGUGUCUGAAAUCAUUCAUCAGAAGCCCAAACAGAAAGACUGGCACCCUCCCGAUGGCUUCAUCCUUGGCCUCUGGACCCUUAUCCUGCUUGUGUUUUUCAAGACGUACGGCAUGAAGCACCUCAAACACAUCCUCUGAGACGGCCACCGCGGAGAGGUCGGGAAGCCUUUCGGAAAGCCGCAUCGAAAAGGGAAACUUGAAAAAUGGAGGGCAACACAACUGUGUGAGCACAGUUGUUUGUUUUUACACUGAGAUGUUUGUCAAUGUUUUUGUUUUUUUCUAUUUAAACUGGAAGUUUUAAGUUAUGAGGAAGGUUAGCAUGCAAAUGCGCUUCUUUGCACAAUUUAGGUUGGAUGUACCUUGCAGGUCUCAUGGCCGGUUUCUUAUUACUAAAUGCAUUCACGUGUUUUCACAUAAACGAAUCCCUGGAUAGGAGAGGGACUCGAGCCUGAUGAAAAGCGCUAAACCGCCAGUAAAUGACCAACCCUCCCGAAAAUGUUAAUAAUUGCCUCUAUUAAUAGUUUAAAU